AUGGUGCGCGACAUCUUUCUGUACAUCCUUUUAAUUGUUUUAUUUUGCCUGAUUUUCAUGGCGCAAUUACUGGUGAACGUUUACGCCUUUCAACGACAACCGCCCACCACGAAGUCAGAUCGCGCCGAUAUUAGUUUUGUAUAAGCUUGCCGCAGAACGUGACACAUGAGUUGCUCGGAGGUCGCGUGUUUGCAAGGAAUGGCGGCAGACGUGCUAUCGCGCGGU